UCUUGGCCUCUUUGAAAAGGUUACAGAUCAUUUCAUGUAAGACCGUAGAUGGCUUUUGGAGAGCCUGACACAAUGGAUGAUUUGGAGACCUAUGCUGCAAGACAUCUAGACCAAAACGCUUUUGAUUAUUAUUCUACAGGAGCAGACGAGGAUGUGACUUUGCACGAAAAUCGAGAAGCUUUUAGAAGGAUAAAAUUACGGCCGCGAAUGCUGCGAGACGUUUCUCAACAGGACAUCUCUGUCACGGUUCUAGGCCACCAGCUUAGCAUGCCAAUUUGUGUGUCACCUACUGCUUAUCAAGCAAUGGCACAUCCAGACGGGGAACUGGCCACAGUCAGAGCGGUUAAGUCUGUAGAUACAGCAAUGGGUUUAAGCUUAUACUCCACAAACAGUCUUGAGGACGUCGCGCGGGAGUGUCCGAACACGAUCAAAUUCAUGCAGUUGCAGUUUUACAGUGAUCGGCCAUUUAUGGAGCAAGUGGUAAAACGAGCGGAAAAAGCAGGCUACAAAGCAAUUUUCCUAACAGUUGAUAUUCCGGUUUAUGGUAGACAUAAGGCCAGGCGCAAUUUUCACCUCCCGAAACAUCUGAAGUAUGCUAAUUUCAAAUCGUUACAUACGGAGAAAGGACUUCGCACUAAUGAGGAGAUUGAUAAUUAUAUUAUCAAUGCAUCUGACGCCAGUGUUGAUUGGAAGACAUUUGACUGGCUCCGUUCGAUUUCGUCCCUUCCGUUUGUUCUCAAGGGAAUACUGACUCCAGAAGAUGCUUGUCUCGCGGUGCAACAUGGGGCUCAGGGAAUUAUGGUGUCAAAUCAUGGAGGACGGCAAUUAGAUGGUGUCCCGGCCACUAUUGAGGUGUUACCCGAUAUAGUGGAAGCCGUGCGAGGGACUGGGAUCGAAGUGUAUAUAGACGGUGGUGUGAGACUGGGCACUGAUGUUCUAAAGGCCCUUGCUUUGGGGGCACGAGCAGUGUUUGUUGGCAGGCCAGUUAUCUGGGGACUCGCAUAUAAGGGAGAGCAGGGUGUAAGUAAAGUCCUUGAGAUGCUUAGAGAUGAACUGAAGGUGGCCAUGGCUUUGGCAGGUUGUGCAUCUCUCAAGGACAUUACCCCAGCUUUAGUGAUGAGACAAGCAAGUAAUCUGUGAAAGGCUUAGAAUUCGAUGAUAUGCUGAGAAAUGGCAAUUUUCCCAUCAGGAAAAUCAGAGCAGCAGUGAAAUGAAUUGCUUUGAAUUUAAACUGGGGAUAUUUAUUCCUAGUGAAAAAAUUUA